CUCACCAAAGCACAAAAAAGCCUUCUUCAAGAAUUCAAAGAAAUCUUUGAGGAACGUAAAAGGGAAAGUCAUAGUUUCAGUCAAGAAACGUGUGCCGCAGAAAUUCGAAGUGCCUCUGGACGUACAUGCCGCUUAAAUCAGUCAGUUGUAUCAAAAAUGCUCAAAAGUCAGUAUUGCCAAAAGAGGGAGAGAAGGCUGUUAGAUUUGGGCAAUGAAUGA